UCCUCUGUAGCCCCCAUAGAGAACGUGGACUCCAUGACCUCUUUACCCUGAGUGUGGCCUUGCAGGUAACACUAACUCCCUGGCUGCUGUUCUCCCCCCAACAAGCUCUGAUAAACAAAUACCUCAGUGCAUCAAGAUUCAGAAUAAGUAAACGUGUGUUGUCCGCACUUGUUUACGUAUGUAAGCAAACAGUCAGCCUGAGAGGUAAAACUGAGGGAUAUUUCACAGAGGCAUCUUAAUCCAUAAACACCCCGUCCAGGCACACAGGAGGAGGGCGGGGCCCCAGAGUGCGCAUGACUGAGGGCCGAUGGGAGUGGAGGGAUUAGGACUUCAUUACCCAGCGUGCACCGCGUGUGUUUGUAAAAUCCCUAAAGAGGAUUUAUGUGGAUCAGAGAGACGACAUGCCGCUGAAGAGAGAAGAUACUGAGCGGGCCCUGCAGGUGAUGGAGGCCUGUCAGGCCGGAGCCACUGAUGGGGUCAAAGGUCGUGCAGAGAAACUGCUGAACAUCUUCCAGAGUGACCUGUUCCAGGCCCUGCUGGACAUACAGGAGUUCUACGAGCUGACGGUUUGUGAGAACCAGACGACGAGCCGACCGCACACACCUGGACAGAAGUAUCGUUACCAAGACGAUGAGACUCCGCCUGUUGAUCCCAGCCCCGGUCACAUGACCCACGGACGCAGCACUGAGCUGAGCCACGCACACCUGGACGGAUACACACACCCUGCCGCUUUAACCAUGAACGGAUCCGAAGGAGAGCUGGAGUACGAAGAGAUCACACUGGAGAGGGGGAACUCUGGUCUGGGCUUUAGUAUCGCAGGAGGAACUGAUAAUCCUCACAUCGGAGACGACCCAUCCAUCUUCAUCACCAAGAUCAUCCCUGGAGGGGCGGCCGCCCAGGAUGGACGCCUCAGGGUGAACGACAGCAUCGUAUUUGUUAAUGACGUGGACGUGCGUGAGGUAACUCACUCUAUCGCCGUGGAGGCACUGAAGGAGGCGGGGCCUGUUGUCAGGCUGUAUGUCCUGCGGCGACGCCCACCGUCCGAACGCAUUACACAGAUCAAACUAAUGAAAGGACCUAAAGGUCUGGGCUUCAGUAUAGCCGGCGGUGUGGGGAACCAACACGUUCCUGGAGACAACAGCAUCUAUGUCACCAAGAUCAUCGAGGGUGGGGCGGCACACCGUGAUGGACGGCUACAGAUCGGGGAUAAAAUACUGGCUGUGAACCAUGUGUCUCUGGAGGACGUGCUGCAUGAAGACGCCGUGUCGGCCCUGAAGAACACUGGGGAGGUGGUCUACCUGAAGGUGGCCACGCCCAACUCGCAGUAUAUCCACCCCACUGAUCGAUACAGCCCCCCCGACCUCACCAGCUCCUACAUGGAGCCUGACUACAUGUGUGAUUACCCACAAGCCCUUCCACCUCCCUCACCGCGGCGAUACUCCCCUAUCCCCCGUGGCAUGAUGGGAGAGGACGAUUACUCCCGGGAGCCCCGCAGGGUUUGUGUGCAGCGUGGCUCCACCGGUCUGGGCUUCAACAUCGUGGGUGGAGAGGACGGAGAGGGAAUCUUCAUCUCCUUCAUCCUGGCAGGAGGACCAGCAGACCUGAGCGGAGAGCUCAGGAAGGGAGACCAGAUCCUCAGUGUGAACGGUGUGGAUCUCAGGUAUGCGACACAUGAACAGGCAGCAGCAGCUCUGAAGAACGCCGGACAGACUGUUACCAUAGUAGCACAGUACAGACCUGAAGAGUACAGCCGUUUCGAAGCAAAGAUCCAUGACCUGAGGGAGCAGAUGAUGAACAGCUCGUCUGGGAGUCUGAGAGCCAACCGCAGCUUCUAUGUCAGGGCGCUGUUUGACUAUGAUAAGCAGUGGGACUGCGGCGUCCUGUCACAAGCUCUGGACUUUAACUUUGGGGAGGUUCUUCAUGUGAUGGACAGCGCUGAUGACGAGUGGUGGCAGGCCAGACGAGUGAACCAGCAGGGGGAGCUAGAGGAGCUGGGAUACAUCCCAUCCAAACACAGGGUGGAGAGGAAGGAGUGGUCGCGCAUGAAGAGUAAAGGUAGAGAAGGGUUCGUCCACAGCUACGAGCUUGUCACCCAGAUCGAAGUGGACUACGCUCGUCCCGUCAUCAUCCUGGGUCCAACCAAAGACCGAGUCAAUGACGACCUGUUGUCCGAGUUCCCAGACAAGUUUGGCUCCUGUGUCCCUCACACGACUCGCCCUCGGAGGGACUACGAGGCCGAUGGGCGGGACUACCAUUUUGUGUCGUCACGGGAACAGAUGGAGCGCGACAUCCAGUCACAUCGCUUCAUUGAGGCGGGGCAGUACAACAACCACCUGUACGGGACGUCGGUGCAGAGCGUCAGACAGGUGGCCGAGCAGGGGAAACACUGCAUCCUGGACGUGUCGGCCAACGCCGUGAGGAGGCUGCAGGCAGCUCAGCUUCAACCUAUCGCCAUCUUCAUCCGACCACGAUCCCUGGAGAACAUCCUGGAUCUGAACAAGCGUCUGUCGGAGGAUCAGGCGAGGAAAGCUCUGGAUCGAGCCAUCAAACUGGAACAAGACUUCCUCGAGUGUUUCACAGCCAUCGUGCACGGCGACAGCUUUGAGGAGGUGUACCACCUGGUCAAAGCCGUCAUCGAGGAGCAGAGCGGCCCUUACAUCUGGGUUCCUGCCCGCGACAGACUCUGAUUGGCCAGUGCCAGCCAUGGGCGUCAUCUUCACGGACACCGCCACCACCCAUCACACCCUCCUCCUCCUGUUAGCGGCGUGACCUGAUGGAGAGCGGACUUUUGUCUUUUUACUUUUUCUACAGAAGGAUGACAAACGAGCACACUGAUUGGAUUGGAUGCUGUAGCUGUGGCAACCAGGAGAUGUGUUUUUUUAAGAAGAGGGGACCUGUCUGUCUCAUCAUCUGUCAGAGGAAAAGAUGGAGAGAGGAUCGAUUGAUUUUGUGUGGAUUCAAUAAUCCUGUAUUAUCAGUAAUGAAUGAAUCGGACUGUAGAGUUAAGUUGGUGUUGAAGUAUUUAUAUUAUCCUAUUUAUUUAUUGAUUUAUCUAUUUAUUUAUUGAUUUAUGUGAUGUGAAAGUGGUGUGUGCGUGUGCAUUUGUGUGUAUGUGUGUGUGCGUGUGUGUAGUGUACAUAAAGACUUGUGUGACUGUAAAUAAAACGAUGGGGCUCAAACACACAGUCUAUUCAGGGCUUAAAGUAUCGAACACUAGACUACAACACCCAUGAUCCCUCUCUGCUGGACUUCAUCUCCCACAACCCCCUUCUUCUGGGCUACAACACCCUAUUACCCCCCACUACCUGGACUACAAUAUUCACAACCCCCCUCUGUCUGGACUACAACACCCUUAAUCCUGUUGUAAUGGACUAAAAUUGAACACUUCAGUUGGACUACAACAACCACAAUCCCUCUGCUGGAUUCAUCUUCCACAAUCUUCUUCUGCUGGACUACAUCACCCUAUAUCACCAUCUGCCUGAACCGAAAGACCCACAAUCCCUUUUUGACUACCACACCCUAAAGCCUGAUUCAUACUUCGUCGAGUCUAUGGUGUAAGCUGCGCACAUAACCACGCAUUUAUACUUGUGCAUUGGUGUCUGCGUUGUUCUGCAAUCUGCAAUUGGCGGUAGCGUUAUAGUGUCGACUGUAUUGACUUUGCCAGCUGAGCAAGCUAACUUCCUGUAAGCCAGGUAACAUCGUAAUCGUGCAUCAAUUCUAGAUUUUAUCAACCAAUCCGCAACCAACCAAUCACAAUUCUUGUGGUCAUGUAGUUAAAUUUUUGGGGAGGUGCACGUCAAGCUACGGCGUAGGGUACUACAUAAUGCCCUCAAGCACACAGGAAGUUCCCCGUGCUUUUAAGUAAAUUUUACUCGCUGCCAAACCAGCGGCUGUAACACGGUGUAUCAAUAUAGUAUUUGACCGUCAAGACCCAAGCGAAAGGACUCGUUUAACUAUCAGAAUGUGAUCGAUUCUGUCAUUAACAUUUGAAAAGGCUAUACCGGCCACACGUAUACGUACGUACUUUUAUCCACAUUCACGUUAGCGGAGGGCUAAACUAGACGUUAGCUUGCUUGGUCGACAAAAGUCAACCCAGUCAACGCUGUAGCGCUACCGCCAGCUAGCGUUUGGGGGUGUAAUUACAGAAUGACAAAGACACCGACGCAUGAGUAUAAAUGCAUGGCUAUGGCAUAGCUACGCACAUAGAACCUACGCAGAAGUAUAAGCAAAGCUUAAAUCCCCUUUUGUCUGGACUACACUACCGAUGUUCCCUCUGCUGGACUACAACACCCCAAAUCCCCCUUCUGGAAUACAACACCCUUCUACUGGAUUACACUCACAAUCCACAUCUUCCAGGACUACAAUGAACAUCCCUGGUUGUACUACAACUCCCUAAAUUCUCCUCAUCUGGACUACAACAACCACAGUCCCUCAGCUGCACUACAACACCCUUAUUCCCCUUCAACUGGGAUACAACACUCUAAAUCCCAUUAUAACUACAAUACCCUAAACCCCCCAUCUGGACCACCACCUCCCGACAAUCCCUCUGCUGGACUAUAACAACCUUAUUCCCCUUCCCCGGACUAUAGCACCCUAAACCUUUCUCAUCUGGACAACACCCUAAAUCCCCUUCUACUGGACUAUAACUGAACCCUUUUGAUCUGGACUACAACAACAACAAUCCCUCUGCACCAUACUCCCCCUUCUUUUGUAACGGACAGUUAGGACCGUUUUUAAUGAUCACUGUCUCUCUCUGGUUGCUUGGCAACAAGGAGGUAUACCUGAAACUGAACACUUCCAUUUUUAAGCAAAAGACUAUGGACUACAUUACCCACGGUUCCCAGCUCCAGCAAAAGGAUUACACCACCAACAAUCUACAGCACAGAUGGACUAUGUUACACAUAGGUCCCAGCUAACGAUCCUCUAACCACAAUCCCUGGCUGUGGGUCUAUGCUGCCCAAAAUCCUGCUGGAUUCUGGACUACAGUACCCAUGAUUCCCUGCUCCUGAACCGGAACCAGAGACAACGUUCAGUAUCACUUUGGGGAUAGAGUUAAAGCUUCAGGCUCACAAAACACACCUGGACAGCGUGGGGGUGAGGCACGUACUGCCCUGACUCCAUUACCCACAGUUCUUUGGGAGGUCCAAAAUGUCGUCCUCCAUCUGUGACAUCAUCUGUGAGAGCGAGUGGUGUGUAACCAUGGCAACUGGGACUGAUGGUGGAUCCAACAUGGCUGCUGCUGCUCCCAGAAUGGUUUCUGAUGGUUCCAGUGGGGAUUUUUUUAGACUGAAUAUCAGGGUCAUGUGAAUAAUUAUAAUAAUUAUUAUCAUAAAAAUAAUCAGAAUUAUUGAUGAUGUAAUAUCAUCUCACAUACACACAUACAAACACACACACACACACACACACAGCGGGGUUACCCGAGGUCGUCUUUUCUUUCUGAGCACUGACAGAAACACUCUUUAUAAAAGAUAUAAAAUCAUAUCUGAAUAUUUAUCAGCCUGUCACACACACACAAAGAAACACACACACAGAGAAACACACACAGAAAUACACACACGUAGAGAAACACAAAAACACACACAGACACACACACUUACACCAGUAUAAAGGAGGCUGUUGGAUGGAUGACCGGCUUGUUGUUAAAUGAAAUAAUUAGUUAUUAAUGAAAUUCAACUAUUGAAAUA